AUGGCUGCUGCCAUACAACGGGCCGUGGGAUGGCAUGUGUCGGUGCUGCUCCCGCAGCUGCUGCUGCUCCUGCUGCUGCCAGCCAGCCAUCUCGCGCAAGGCGCCACCGUCAAAAGCCGGCAGUGCGCGUGGGACAGCCUCGCGCAGUCCUGCGAUGUGCAUCCGCUGUUCAUCGCCGCGGCGGUCACGCGGCCGAAGCGCAACGACGCCCUGGCCGCGUCGCUCGUCAAGUCUGUUGGCGCCGACGCAGCCUGCAGCCUCUUCACGUCGGAGGCCAAGUGCAACGCUAGGAGCAAGACCGUCCACUGCGCAUGGUCGGACUUUUCGGUGCCUUCAUGCCGGCUCACAAGCGGCAAGCUGUUGAUGGACGCGGCCGCCGCAGCCGCCUGCCCCGGCACCAUGGCCGUCAAGCAACUGCCGUGCGCGAAGGAGGAGAAAAAGGCGGCGUGCAAGGCCGUAGAGAACGGCAAGUGCAGGUGGCUGCCGCCCACCAGGGAGGAGAAGGAGGCCGACCCCGACGCCAUCGGCGCGUGCGUCCACAAAAGCAUCGCAGUCAAGAGCAAGGACGAGCGCGACGAGGCGCUCUUUCAGUUUCGGGAGUACGAAGCCGAGGCCUGGGGCACUUGCCCCCUUGCCCAGGCCUACGUAAAGAUCGCCAAAGCCAUCAAUUCAGAGCCCCUCCUGGAGGCGAUCAGCAAGCACAAGGUCGCCGGCGCGAUCCGCCACUGCCACAGGAACCCCGGCGUCGCGGCCUGCCAGACGGCGGAGGGGCGCGUGGUGCUCAGUGAUAAGAUCAUCCGCGCCAUGCGGGCAGGCAACUUCUCGAAGCUGCCCCGGAAGGCCAAGCCGGACUUUGAGUCGAAGUAUGUGGUUGCCGCACCCGAGCCCGUGUUUGUGCCCCAGGCCCAGCCCGCGGCCGCGGCGGCGGCGGCGGUGCCGGCGGCGGGCGCCGCGCCGGUGGUGCUGCCCACGCCGCCGUGA